AUGCUAUGGAUGGUCUACAACAGCUUGGCACUUGCAGCAAAUCUUCCCUUUACCAUGCUGGCCCAGCACUUGUGGCAGGCAACGUCUGCAUAUCUUCGUCAUGCAGAGAUGGGACACUCGGAUGCCGAGUGUUUGGAAUACGUCUUGGCUGCUGCUGGGACGGUGCAUGGAAAGUGGGCCAAAGCAUUGAUGGAUGAGGGAGAUCUCGCCAUGCAGGAAGCGAUGCACAAGACGCUUGAGGAGUGGCACUUGUUGGCGCAGCAGGCGAGGGAUGUGGACUUUCUAAGUUCCUGGGAGUCCGAGCGCUUGCGCCGGGAAGCGGGUGUCAUUGGCAAAGAAGCUUCCGAGACCCGCUCCAAGCUCGUUCACGCUGACGAUGUGGCCGACACGGAGGGGCUGGACCCCGACUGCUUCCGCUUGGAAGCAUGCGGCUGUCCGGCGGAUGCAUCUGCAACGCUCCAUCCGCCCAUCCCUGCACGCAACAGCCGUGCGGGACGCCAGUUUGGGUCGGAUCGCUUCUUGAUGGUGCGAAUGCGGAGGUUGCGGCCACCCGAGCAGUUUGACUUCCUUCGGCGGAGGUGGCGUCUGCUGUACUGGAAGGUGCCCGAUCAAGUCACCUACUUCGCAGAGAAGGGCCCCGGCUUGGAGGAGCAGAGCGUGGAGACGGUGUGGAACGAGCUUGUGCCCAUGGCGGUCAACCAGGACAUGACGCUGUGCAAGUUCAACCAACGCUUGCAGCUGUCCUUCUCUGAGACGCGCGCUGACACCGGCCUGUCCGUGCGCUUGGAAGAGGACUUGUGGGAUUCGGAGCGUCGGUUUUGCCUUUCCGAUGGCUGCGGCUGCAUCUCCCAGGGAGCGGCGGAAGCCGUGGCUGCCAAGCUGGGCUUCGACGAGGUCCCCAGCGCCUUCCAGGCGCGCUGCGGCCCCUGGAAGGGCCCCUGGGUGUUGGACCCACAGCUGGGCUCAGGUGUGGGCCUUGUCGUCCGUCCAUCGCAGAAGAAGUACCGUCUCAGUUGCGAGACAGGGGAGGAUCUUGACUUCUCCUUCGAAGUGAUCAACACAUCUUCCAGACACUGGCAUUGCUGCCUGACUGCCAACUCGAUCCAGGCUCUCGAGAGCCUCGGAGUCUCGGCAGAGACGUUCUUGAAGCUCCAGCAGGAAGUGCUCGAUGCCAUUGCGCCCCUACUGAAGGGGGACGAGGCUGCUGGCCAUGCUGCGCUUGAGCGUCUGCUGAACGCCCAGAUCAUCAAGGCUGGCCUCCAGAAACCCUUGCACUCGUUCAUGGACCUCCAGGUCCCCUGGCAGGAGCCCAACUUUGUAGACCUCCGCUUCCGGGUUUGUACCGACCUCCGGCGCCGUGCCGGGGAGGACCUGCCUGGCGUUCCAUCGUCUCUGAGUCUUGCAGUAGGGUAUGUUAGUUGGCUUCAACGUCCGCAGGAGGAGUCGGAGUAG